ACAGCGGCAGCUGGAACACAGAGGGACAGAGAUGGGCAGCAGAACUGGGUUGGGGCGCCUGCUGGGGGCAGCUGUGGUCCUCCUGUUUCUGCUGCAGAGCACACAGUCAGUCCACAUCAAGUACCGAGGCUUCCAGGUCCAGCUGGAAUCAGUGAAGAAGCUGAGUGACCUGGAGGGGCAGUGGGAGCCCAGCCCUCACCUGCAACCCCAGAGCCGCCUGCCCCCUGUGUGCCACCACCCAGCCCUGCCCCAGGACCUCCAGCCAGUCUGCACCUCCCAGGAAGCUGCCAGCAUCUUCAAGACCUUGAGGACCAUUGCCAACGAUGACUGUGAGCUGUGUGUGAAUGUCGCCUGCACUGGCUGCCGCUGAGCUGGCCCUGGGGGCCCUGAGCUCACCCUGGACACCUGGCCCCCACACUCAAGCAGAGGCUCCUGGCCGCCACAGUCACCACUGCCCUCCCAGGACAGAGCAGCGGGAUCAGGUGCAAAGCAAUGGGACACCAGG